AUUUAAAUCAUUAAAAAUUUAAAUGAACGAAAACUAUUAAGAACAGUACCUUAAUUGACCAUAACUAAGAAGUUAUAGUUAAAUUUUGUAUUUAUGACUCGAAAAUAUUACAUGAAAAAGAUUGAUUGGUCAAAACACUUUGUUAAAAUCAAAGAUAAAAUUGUAAAUUUGGACACUAACUUAUAUAUUAUUAAAUUUUUGAAUAAGCAAGACGAUGUUAAGCCAUUACAACUCGAUCAAAGGGGAACCUCUGAAAACACAACCGAAUCGUUUAAAACAUUCCGUCAAAGUAGAAUCAUGGGUGGAACAGAAGCACCGAAACACUCUUAUCCGUGGCAGGCUGCCCUCGUUGUUGACCGCAUAUUGCUUUGUGGCGGUUCUCUUAUUUCUGAAUAUUAUGUGCUGACCGCAGGUUCUUGCACAUCACAAGCUAAAAAAAUGUUAGUAAUAUUGGGAGCCCAUUACAUUGAUCAAGCGGAAUACACCACACAAAAAAUCUGGAGUGCCUCAGUCACCACCCAUCCAGAUUAUCGUGACUCCUUCACCGGUCGCGUGAAUGAUAUUGGAGUCGUCUUGUUGUCGACUCCAGCCACACUCAAUUCUUAUGUCCGGGUCGUUCCUCUUGCCAACAGUAGAAGUGGGAGCUUUAACAGUGUUUCUGCUACUUUGUCAGGAUGGGGUGCAACAUCGUAUUUUUCAAGCAGAAUAUCUUCAGCUUUAAGGACAGUUAAAUUGACUACAACGAGAAAUAUAAUUUGCCAGAUUCUUGCCGAUUUUACCAUUAUUAGAAGCACAAAUAUCUGUACUUAUGGUUGUGGAGGGUGGGCUGGAGAUACGGGUGGUGCUUUAAUUAGUAAUGGCGUUCAAAUUGGUAUCUUUUCAUCUGGAGGGAUUUGUGCUCUAGCGAUGCCUUCGAUUUUCACAAGAGUAUCUGAAUAUGAAGAUUGGAUUUAUUAUAACACAGAUAUUUGAUACUAGUUUUAAUGCGUCACAUACAUCUUUAUUUUAAUAUAAUAUAAAAGUAGGUUUAUAUGUUCAAAAUGUAGAAAGAAUGAUAAUAGAAUAAAAUUUAGAUUACAAUGUAUAAAACUAAAUAUCUUAAUACUUAUUCAUCAAAUAAUAAAAUAAUUUACGAAACGAAA